UUUAUUUUUUUUGGGUGGUGGGGGGGCGGGGGGUCCUAUAAUGUGGGAAUUAAAAGGCAAAUAAGUGUGCAUUUGAAAUAUUUAAGAGUAAAUGUGUUUUUCACCAUUCUUUGUCCUUUUUGAUGAAUUUUUGACAUAUUUUUUGUUAUUUUUAUUAGAGGGAUGAUUAUGUUAAUGAUGCCUUCACAUAAAAAAAUCGAAUCAUUUGAAGCUGUGACCUCAGCCGUUCUCUGGAUAAUAAUCGGAUCUGAUGCCCAUUAUUGAACAUAUGUUAGGUUUAUGAUAUACGCAUGGGUUUUUAUGUUAGCAUACUAUGAUUUCAUGUUGGCGUCAUGGUCGCGCGGUGAACGUGGGGAAGCGGCCGUUUCCUGCGGCAUUUGAAGGCAGCACUGACAGGCAGCAGCCGCGCGGGGAGGACUCUUCGUCUGCCAACCAUGCAACGCCUCCUUUCACGUUCAGUCCCCGGACACAGGAACUACUGGGGAGCAACAACCUCCACCGAGAAACCGUGCAAUCUGCGUCCUCUUUAAUUUAUUUAUGAAAAUAAACUAACUCGAGUGACCUGGACCCAGAGCGGACCGGAACCGGGACCUCAUGUUUGCUGAAGACGAGCCUGUGAGCUGCGGGUGUGAGUGAGCGGGAGGCGGACUUCAGGAUGUCAUAGCCCGCUGCUGCCGCCUCCUUCCGCGCUCGGAGCCGCAGAGGGCUGCAUCUCUCAGGCUGGAUGACACCUCACCUGGAUCGUCUUGUUUCCACGGAAGCUGGAGCCGUCUGCUUUCUCCCUCGGCCUCAGAUGAACUGAUGUAAGCUGGACCCCCACCCCUCAGUCAGUCUGCCGCGUCCUGCAGCAGGGUCCCCCCUCUGCCCAUCUCCCUCCCCGGCGAUGGCAGGCUUCAAACGGGGUUACGAUGGAAAGAUUGCCGGCUUGUAUGACCUGGACAAGACUCUUGGCCGUGGCCACUUUGCUGUGGUCAAGCUGGCCCGCCACGUGUUCACGGGGGAGAAGGUGGCUGUGAAGGUGAUCGACAAAACCAAGCUGGACACGGUGGCCACCGGCCAUCUUUUCCAGGAAGUCCGCUGCAUGAAGUUGGUGCAGCAUCCCAAUAUAGUCCGCCUGUAUGAAGUGAUAGACACUCAGACAAAGCUAUACCUCAUCCUGGAGCUGGGCGAUGGAGGGGAUAUGUUCGACUACAUCAUGAAACACGAGGAAGGCCUGAAUGAGGAGUUGGCUAAAAAAUACUUUGCUCAGAUCGUCCAUGCCAUCUCCUACUGCCACCGCCUUCACGUGGUGCACAGGGACCUGAAGCCUGAGAACGUGGUGUUCUUUGAGAAACAAGGACUGGUAAAACUCACAGACUUUGGAUUCAGCAACAAGUUCCAGCCGGGGAAAAAGCUGACCACAAGUUGUGGAUCUCUGGCAUACUCUGCUCCCGAAAUACUGCUGGGUGAUGAGUACGACGCUCCGGCUGUAGACAUCUGGAGUCUGGGUGUGAUCCUGUUCAUGCUGGUGUGUGGCCAGCCCCCCUUCCAGGAGGCCAAUGACAGCGAGACCCUUACCAUGAUCAUGGACUGUAAAUACACCGUCCCAACCCACGUCUCCAGUGUUUGCAGGGACUUGAUAGACCGCAUGCUUCAGAGGGACCCCAAGCACAGAGCCUCCCUGGAGGAGAUUGAGAGUCAUGCUUGGCUCCAAGGAGUUGAUCCAUCUCCUGCCACCAAAUACAACACUCCUCUGGUGUCCCACAAGAACCUGUCAGAGGAGGAGCACAACAGCAUUAUCCAGCGCAUGGUGCUGGGGGACAUCGCUGACCGAGAGGCCAUCAUCGAGGCUCUGGAGACCAACAAAUACAACCAGAUCACAGCCACGUAUUACCUGCUGGCUGAGCGGAUCCUGAGGGAGAAGCAGGACAAGGAGGUCCAGCCCCGCUCCUCCAGCCCCAGCAGCAUCAAGGCGCACUUCAGGCAGUCUUGGCCCUCGCGGGUGGACAUGCACCAGGACAUAGAGGACACUUUGGCAGCAUCGUCCAUCUCUCAUGCUGGAGGCCCCCAGUCUCCAGCUCGCAGUGCCGAGAACCUCCUCAACGGGCACCGCUCCAAAGGCAUGAUGGAACUGGGCCUGCAGGAAGACACCUCUGUGACCGACUCGGCAGGACUCCCAGCUCAGGGAGCCGCUGCGGGGGGGCCGGCUCCUGCCUGCAUCCCGGAGACCAUGAGGGCCCCCGCUCCCUCCACCUCCACUGCAGCCAAACAGAGGAUCUGCCUUUUCAGGGUGGAGGAGGACGAGGAGGAGGAUGAAGAGCAGGAUCUGUCUCCUCUACCAACCAAAGUCAUCCUGCGCCGCAAACCGCCCUCGCUCACCAACCGGCUGACGUCCCGGAAGAGCGCCCCCGUGCUCAACCAGAUCUUCGAGGAGGGGGAGUCUGACGACGACUUUGCCACGAACGAGGGGCUGCCGCCCAAGCUCAGCCGACUAAAGAUGAACAUGGGCGGGACCGUGAGCUCGGGGGCUGCGUCCUCCCCAGGGGCCACACAGAAGCGCUUCCACCGACGCAAGAGCCAAGGGAGGGGGUCGUCCUGCUCCAGCUCCGAGACCAGCGACGACGACUCCGAGAACCACCGCCGGAGAAUGGACAAAGACUCCGGCUUUGGGUACAGCUGGAACCGCAGAGACAGCAGCGAGGGCCCCCCCGGCAGCGAGGGCGGCAACGGGGGCGGCAGCAGCUCUGGACAGGGUGGGGGUUUCUCUGGCUUUGACCAGGGGGGUCCACCUGGCUCAGGGGGAGGUGGUGCAGGAGAAGGUAAUGGAGCAGGAGGAGGGGGUGGGAGUGGAGGGGGGGCGAGCGGGGGGCAUAGCAGCCCCUCGCCGUGCUGUAACAACUGCAGCCGCGCCGAGCCCUCCCACAGCCCCGUACCCCAGGCUUUCUGCAUGGGGGUGCGGGGCGCCGCCCUGGUGGAGAGUCUGAAGCUGAUGAGCCUGUGCCUCAGCUCCCGGAUGCGAGGGGGCGGAGUCACGCUGGUCAUAGACCCCAGCAGGGUGAAGAUCCAGAAGCCAACCACGGGGGCGUGCGACAUCACCCUCCCCAGAACCAACCUGUUAUGCUCCCCCACCGCACAACCCCCCCCUCACAAAGCAGCAGGCUCCGUGGGCCUGCAGGGGGGGGCCGGCGCCUCAGACUCUCACAACAAGCUAACAGCCCUGAAAAACGGAGUACUGCAGCUACCUCUGUGCGACGCCACCAUCUCUGUGAAGAUCCGCCGCGGUGGGGGCGCCACCGACGGCCUGCUCUGCAGCGCCACUCGAGCCAGCUGCUGCCAGGUGGUCUGACAGCCCCCCCCCCCAACUCUCAGCGUGCUUUGUGUUUGAGCUUUUGUCAGCGUUAUGUUUUUAAAAUGCACUUUGAAGAACUUUUACUUUGAAAACCCACCCCGUUGCCAUGGCAAUGAUCCUGGAACAACAGAUUGUUUUAGGCAAAACAUGGAAACUCGAAAGCGGCGCUCCAGGAAAUGAGGGAUAAUUUCUGACAGGAGAAGAUGUAAAAACUAAUGUGGAUCAAGAUCCUGCAGAAACACGAGAAGACAGAAUCCCUUUCAGAGGGGAGGAGCUGUGGAGACGCCGGUUCAUGUGGGGGGCGUGUCCACACUUUUACCAUGCUCUAUCAUGAACUGGCCAGUCCCUGUUUUUAUUACUCAUGUCCCAUUUUAACUGAUUUUACCCCCACCCCCAGGUUGUGGCUCUGUGACAGUAACACAAUUUAAUAAAACAAUUUAAGCCCCGCCCCCUCCACAGGGACCAGAGCAGCUCUUGAUGUACCACCAGACUCCCAGCAGCGAGCUGCUGGUUUCUAUAGAAACCUGUUCCACCCAGGGACCGUUCAUUUAAACCAAACCCACUCUGUGCAGAACUGAAGAGCGGGGCGAGGGGGGGCGGCCUACAUGCCUCCAGAGUAACCUGAUGACCUGCAGCUGUCUCUAAACAGUUCAAGCUGAAAGCCACAGGGGGGCGCACUCCUCAAAGGAAGAGCAGGAACCAGACUGACGCUGUUUGUCCUCUCUGACACCAGGGGGGGUGAGUGAGCCAGUGUGUCAGAGAGAAAUAGACAAAGGUUGGAAGACCUUUUUUCCAAAGUUCCUGCAGUUGCGUGUAAAUAGUUGUACAUACGGUGCUUGUUUCGUCCUUCAGGACUCUCUACAGGGUUUCCAGGUGAUCUCUACUGUGGUGAAAUGUCUCAAGUGUGUCAACUACAAAAUCCAAACUGUAAAGUGGUGGAGCGCUGCAGUACCUGUGAGAAUGCAGGUGUGUCCUUGUUUGACCGACGUCCAACGCUCCCCUCAGAAAAAUGUCUCUGGACCAAAAAAAACAACAGAAGAUGGUGUGAAUUCUGUAGAUGUCUGUAUAUUUAUCUAUGGUCAUGUCAAGAGAAUAAAACAAACGUCUCCUCUCA